AUGGAUGUAGUGAUUUCAGCAGAUGAAUUUAUGAGUGUUAGAAAUGGUAAUUAAAACACUUACAAGAAACUAUGUUAAUCAUUUCUAAAAGUGAAAGAUCCAAUGAUUUAGUUGAAAGUGGGGUUGUGUAUUCUAAAAUCACCACCUGAAGAAAGAAUGGACUUUGAAUUGGCAGUUUUAGAAUAGGCAACUAAGGAUUUAGAUUUUUUUAAGAGUUUACAUGACUCUAAACUACAUUAAAAGUGUUGUAAAAUGAUGGUUUAUAGACAUUAUAUGAAAAAUGAUAUUGUAUUUAAAGAAGGUAUGUUUAUACUUAAUAUUAAUAAGGUGAUUCAUCAAAUGAAUUUUUUAUAAUAAUAGAUGGGAGUGUUAAUGUGUAUGUACAUAAGAAAUAGGAUAGAAUUUAAGCAGAACUAGACCAUGAAUAAUAACAAUUAAAGGUUCUUUCAGAAGAAGAAAUAGAACGUCAUCCAAGUACUAUAGUAAGAUACUAUUAACCUCCAAGAUAACUUACAAGAAGAAUGACAAUCAAUUUGAGAGAAGAUGAUUUUGAAUAGUAAUUAAAAAUUGUAUUUUAGGAUAUCUAAAUCAUAUAAACCAAAAACAUAUAUAAAUACAGACAGAUAGGAUAUUAAACAUAAAGAUGUUGAAAUUAUAAAAAAGUUAACUCAUGGACUUGAGAAAUUAUAAGAUAAGGAAUUUCUAUUUAAUGGAGGUGUAUUUUUACAUGAGUUUGUUGCUCGUAUCAGUGAGGGAUAGAUGUUUGGAGAGAGAGGAUUAUUGAUAGAAUCUACAAGAACUGGUACUGUGAUUGCCAAUACAUCCUUGCAUGUAGCCGUUUUAACUAGAAAAGAUUAUAAAGUUCUAUUGGAAGAUAGUUAAUUGGGUAAUGCUUGCCAUAAAUAAAAGAAAAAAUAAGAAAGAAGACCAAAUUAUUGAGCAAUUCUAUAUUGAAAAAUCUCACAUACAAAGAGGCUAUAGAGACAUAAUACAAAUUUGAAAAGAUCCAUUUUCCAAUUGGCCAUUAUAUAUAUAAAAUUGGUGAUAGUCCACAAUAAUUAAUUUUAAUAAAAAAAGGCACAGUAAGAUUAUUUAAGAAAGAGAAUAAUAAAAUGUUUCCUUUGUGUGAAUUAGGUCAAGAUUAAUACUUUGGAGAAUUAGAAUAUUUUGAAUAAAGUGAUCGUAUCCAUACUGCAUAAGUAACAUCUCAAUAUUUUUCUGCAUAUUCUAUUACUUACAAAGAUUUAGCCAAAUUAUUAACAUCAUAUCCUUAAUGUGAAAAAUAAUUGAAACGUAAUUAUGAAUUGAGACACAAAAUUAAUGAUGAAAGAAUGAAUAAAACAAUUAAGACCCAUAAAAAACUCAAUUAUUCUGAAUAAUUCAAUCAAAAACCAUCUAAUCUAUCCCAACCUAUUUUUGAGAUCAAAUCAUAAUUUAAUAAUGUAUAAUAAACUAUAGAGUCUUAAAAGAUUUAAUUAAUUAAUUAAGCAAAAAAAUAGAUUUGCUAAAUGGAAUUUAUUAAGAAUACUUCAUAAUAAUUAAAGUAGAUAAGAAGAAUAUAAAGGAAAGAAUAAAAGAAGUAUUUUAUAUUAUUAAUUUAGAGAUCAGUAAGAAAAUGAGAAAAGUCUUGCAGAUACUUUAAAUCAUUUAGAAGUCUAAUCAUCAUUAAUUAGAAGAGAAUUUAGACGUAGAGAAUAGAGACGAUUUAGUAGUCUUUUAUUUGACAAAGAAUCAAAUAAUAAUGCUUCUUAAUUUAAUAGUCAUUAAAACUCCAAAACUUUUAAUAAAAAUUAAAAUUACGACAGAUAAAGUAGUAUAUCAUAAUAAUUUAAAUUUCCAAACUUUAUAGACUUUAAUUCUAAAUUAUAAUCAUAUGAAAUAAUAGAAGAUAAAUAAAAAGAUUUACUAAGUCCUUAGAAAGAAUUUCUUUCUCCUAUGAGUCAAGGUGUUAUGAUUUCUUCUAAACAUAAUCUAUUUAGAAAUAAACCAAAUAGAUUAUGUUUGAUGAGUAAUUAUGAAAAACGACAACCAAAAUCUCACAGUACUGAAUUAUCUAUAAAAACUUUUUUUAAUUGA